AUGAUUAUGGAGAAUAAUUCAUUUUACUUGGAUCAUCAUCACCAUCAUCAUCAACAUGAUGUGGAAUCAACGUUGAAAAACGAGAUGCGAAAACUGGUUUUUAUCCCCAAUCUACAUGAAUCGAUGGAUAAAUGUAGCAAUAAUGAUAACCAAGGCAAACUGGAUCACUGUGGCCAAAUGUUUGCUCAAUUCAAUUGCAAUAACAAUAAUAGCCAAUUGCACAAUCUAAAGAUACGCAAAGAUAUCAAUACAGCCAUCGUUGACCAUCGAUCGAAUCGAUACAGUAUCGACGAGAUACUCGGCUUGAAAUCAUCAUCCAACAAGUUUAAUGCUGCUGCAACCAUAUCGUCCAAACAACGACACCACAACCAAACAUCCACAUUCAAUUGUCUGUUGUCCUGUGUGCACCAUCACCAGCAUCACAAUAACCACGAUCACGGCCAUAAUGGCGAGGAUGAUGGUGAAAUUGGUCAUUGCACGGCUAGCAAUGAGGAACACAAUGGUGAUGACAACAAAGAUUCCGAUCAUGGCGACGAUGUUGAUGACGAUGUGGACGUUGAAUUUGGCGUAGGACGCAAUAAGAAUGGGUCGCCCGACUUAUUCGAUGGCAAUGAUGAUGGUGAAUCGAUGCUUAGCAACCCGGAUGCCAGCGACAGUGGAAACAGCGGAAAUGGUAAUAAGAAGAAACAUCGCCGUAAUCGGACCACAUUCACAACAUAUCAAUUACAUGAAUUGGAACGAGCGUUCGAGAAAUCACACUACCCCGAUGUGUAUAGCCGAGAAGAAUUGGCAAUGAAAGUGAAUCUGCCCGAAGUACGAGUCCAGGUUUGGUUUCAAAACCGAAGGGCCAAAUGGAGACGACAGGAAAAACUGGACGAUCAAAGUUCCUACCGAAGUCUUGGUGGCAAAGAUUAUGAUCCAAGUCCAACCAAUGCAACUGCGAUGCAAUUGUCAUCAUCGCCGCCACCAUCACCAUUACCACCAGCUCGGUCUUCAUCAUCGUCGUCAUCCGGUCGUCCGAUUACUUUGGCCAGCUCAACAGCAAUAAAUUCAUCGGUUGUCAAUCCGAUCAAAUCUCAUGCAUUCAAUUCGAAUUUCCUGAUGCCCAGCAUAGGUGUGACAUCACCAUUGAUGGCCAGUGGCACAUCGUUUGUAUCAAGUUUGGAUUCUUGGCUUGCAACGGCUGCGGCCAUCGGAUUUGCAACCAAUUCAACGACGGGUCAACAACAAAUGCCUGCACCACCCACCACCUCAUCUCAUGGUCCAUUUUGUAGCAUGUUUAGUCCAUCCUUUUAUGCCAGUUAUUCCAAUUAUCUACCGCAUCCACACGGAUUUGACCAGCAACAAUCAUCGACCAAAAUACCACUAUUGGCCAAUACAUCCAUUGAUCAAUCCAAUGAUCAAGAAAUGGAACAGAAAUCUAAAGUGACCUGGCCAAUCGACGAUAACAUGGCAAUCAGGGAAGAAUUACGAAGUAAAAAAUGCACAUCAACAUCAAUCAGCCCUUCCACUAGUCCAUUGAAUCUUUCUUUAUCGAGUGAAUCGAUAACCAAUCAGCCAUCAGAAUCGAUUGAUAAUGAUCAUCAUGAUGGCGAUAAACCAGUGUGUCUCAAUCACAACAGCAUCACUGCUGACGUCAAUCAAAAGUGACAAUUUUAUACAUAUGAUAAACACUGGAAUAAAUUGAAUUCAAUAAUAAUAAACGAUAAAC